AUGGCGGCGGGAGGAGCUCCUGCUCGCGAAAUGACUGGUGACCCAGCACCGGGCAUUGAUCCUGAGCCUCCUUCGAAGAAGACUACCACCACAUCCAACGAGGCAGAAGCCCGAAAACACCCUCCCCCGAAGACUGACAAGCCUCGGCCCCAUGUAUGCACCACUUGUACGCGAUCUUUUGCGAGGCUAGAACACUUGAAGCGUCACGAACGUUCUCACACGAAGGAGAAACCAUUUGAAUGCCCAGAAUGUACACGAUGUUUCGCCCGACGUGAUUUGCUCCUUCGGCACCAGCAGAAGUUACACUCCUCGACGACACCGGCGUCACGCCCGAGAGGCAGCCGGCGUGAAAGCGUUGCUGGCGUCGCAAACGGUCGUGUUCGCAAGAAUUCAACGACAAGUAGCCAAGCGACAAUGAGGCCUAGAGCUAACACCCUCAGCCACGUUGAUGCUGCAACUCUGGGCAUGUUGGCAAGCUCUGUUGGAACCACUGGUCGCCAGGUCAUACCGAAUCACCAUCAUCAUAACAGUAUGAGUGUGCUUGGAAGCUCUCAAGGCCCUCUUUACCGGUCUGCCUCAACCAACCAUUAUCCAUUCGAUCUACCAAAGCUUGAAACCGGCCUUCCCAUCGACCUCUCGAGUGGAUUACGCACUGCACCGCCCUUUGGCGGCUUCGGAGCAGAGUUUGACCUGGGCACUCUAGAUAUGCCAACUGAUCAUGGCGACACGAUCAAUCCCCACGCCCUGCACGUAUCGGGCGGAGGACUAUAUGGUUCCGCUGCACACUUUCAUCAACUGUUUGGCGGUAUGUCUGCGUCGCAAGCCUUGACAGACGAUGACGCAACCUUUGAUUGGAUGGCCCAGGGAUUCGAGAACCAAAUGACAUUCUCACAAGCCAACGAGAACGCAAUCGAUGAUUCUUCCCCUUCGGCCAUGAGUACUAAUAGCCCGGCUGGUUUGACCGAAAUCUCUGGUGAUCCCACCAUUGGUGCCAUGCAACAGACUAUUGGCUCUGUCGCGCCCCUAUGGACAGGGAGUCUCGCAAGUCAAGCUGCAAUGGUCAAUAGUCCUGUGAGUAUGGAGCUCAUGGCAAGCUUCAACGAAAUGGUACAGCCUUCAAUAGGGACCAUCUCGCCAAAGUCCCUUUUUGGCCAUGGAGGGUCACUGGACCUGAGCCUUCCAACACCUCCCGAUAUGUUACCCAUUGAUUCUUCAGGCCUACACUUUCCCGGCCUCCAUUUGCCAUUCAGUAAAGAGGGCCCUGAGUCUACCACUUCCACUGCGUCCAUGGAUUCGAGUCUUCAAUACAGCUCGGUAACUACAAUGUCUUCUGACCUUGUGACCGACCACAUCAGAAGUGUGUUGCUUGCGGGCUUGUGUCAGACAACAGGUUUCGGACAGCGCAAAUACUCCCAGCCGGCUGUUAGCUCACCAUUGUCCCCUGGUGCAUCUUCUCGUCCCCGAGGCUUUAACGCCAGCACCUUCCCUUCCACGGGCGACCUACAGCGAUAUGUAGCCUCUUAUAUUCGAUUCUUCCAUCCACAUUUACCUUUUCUCCACAUUCCUACCCUUAACUUCGAAUCAUCCGAUUAUACCACUCCUGUUCGACUUGUCUCAGGCCAAUCACCUUAUGGACGCCCAAUUGUAAGUGGAGGGGGAAGCUGUUUAAUCUUGUCCAUUGCAGCUAUUGGAGCUUUGUACGAACAUGAAACGUCCCAAUCCAAAGAUCUUUUUGAGUGCGCCAAGCGACUUAUCAGCAGCUAUCUCGAGGAGCGACGAAAGGCAAAUAUGACCAAGACUCAGUUUGCGCCAAAGCACGCAACAGAACGAGAAGACACGCCAUUGUGGUUGGUGCAAGCCAUGCUUCUGAACGUUAUCUAUGGGCAUAAUUGCGGGGAUAAGACUGCUGCUGAACUUGCAAGCAACCAUUGUGCCGCCCUGGUGAGCCUGGCCAGAGGUGCAGAACUCACCCGACCGGCCUCGGGUUAUAGCACACAAGUAUCGAAGAUGGACAUCGACGGGACGUCAAAGACCAGCUGGGGUCAGCUGACCAAUGAAGUCGAUGAUUCUGACUGGAUUGAAUGGAAGGUUACCGAAGAACGCAAACGGACGCUGUAUUCGGUGUUUAUUCUCUCAAGCAUGCUCGUAACGGCUUACAACCACCCACCGGCUUUGACCAACUCGGAGAUUAGACUGAAUCUGCCUUGCGACGAACAUCUGUGGGCGGCGGAAUCGGCUCAGGUCUGGAGGGGCUAUGGCGGCACUACCAGCGCUGACGCGAACUCGACGACUUUUGCAGAUUCCUUAACCCACCUUCUUAUGGCCGCACAAAGAGAAAGGCGGCAAAGCAGUGCGCUUGCUGCAUUCGGACCAACCGCUGAGCCCGAGCUACGCCCUAGUACCUUUGGCUGCUUGAUCCUUGUUAAUGCACUGCACAAUUAUAUCUGGGAGACGCGCCAGAGGCACCUGGGACGUCAAUGGACGACUAGCGAGACAGAGCAGAUGCAUGCUCACAUUGAACCAGCGCUCCGUGCCUGGCAAGCGGCAUGGGCUAGUAAUCCAACCCAUAGUCUGGAACGUCCUAAUCCGUUCGGUGCUGGACCGUUGUCCGCUGACUGUAUUCCGUUACUUGACCUCGCAUACGUCCGACUUUUCAUAAAUCUCGGAAGGUCCAAGGAAGCCUUCUGGCAACGCGACUACGACGCAGUGGCAGAGGAGCUGGCGAAGGGCCUGGAAUCUGUACACAAUCGGGCAGGGUCGAACAGCACCAGGGAGAAGGCUUCCCCGGCGAGAAGAUACGAUCCCAUGACACAGCCACAAAUGACGCCUCCACAAGAUAAUUCGGUACAAGAAGGAGAGGGGGAUCGAGAUCAGGAGCUUCACCAGGCUCUUUCUUCCAGACGUGAAAAACACUUGCGCAAAGCCGCCUUCUACGCAGCAGAUUCCUUGUCCGUUUCCGACAAGCUUGGGCUGAGCUUUGCAGAGUACAGUUCUCGGGAGCUGCCCGUGCAGUCAGCUAUGUGCGCCUUCGAUUGUGCGCAAGUGUUGGCGGAAUGGAUCACGACAGUGCAAGAACGAGUUGGAAAAUACAUUGGUGUCAUCGGCCGGGAUGAAAUGAACCUGAUGGAGGUCCCCGGUAUCCUAUUGCUUGAAGACGAGGAUCGGAAAUUGAUCCAGAAAAUUGACGAAGUGCUGAGCAGCGCUGAGCAGAAGGUCGAGGCCCGGGGCUCGUUUGACCUUCGCAUGGCUCAGGAUGGCGGCCACGGUAGUAGAAUACUUGUUCUCACAGCAUACCUCCUAGAACGGGAUGCCGUCUGGCCAGGUACGUGUUAG